AUGGCGGCUGAGAUAACGAAGCGGCUCUUGGCCUCGGCCAGCUACGACGACACGGUGAAGCUGUACCAGGAGGAGGAGGACGACUGGGUGUGCUGCGCCACGCUGGAGGGCCACGAGUCGACGGUGUGGAGCGUGGCCUUCGACCGCAGCGGCGAGCGCUUGGCUUCCUGCAGUGACGACAAGACGGUGCGCAUCUGGCGCCGGUACAAGCCGGGCAACGAGGAAGGGGUGGCCUGCAGCGGCACCGACCCCACCUGGAAAUGCGUCUGCAACCUCUCCGGCUACCACACGAGGACCAUCUACGACGUGGCGUGGUGAGUGGAGGGCGGCAGUGGCAGAGCCACCCGGCUCCGUUUUCUCCCCGUCGGCAGCGUGGGUGACACGCCUGGCGCUGCCCCCCGGGUCUUCGAGGAGAGCGCGUCCUCCGACCCGCGGCAGCCCACUUUCAGCCUGACUGACCACGUGCCCCGGGCGCACUCACAGGACGUCAACUGCGUGGCCUGGAACCCGAAGGAGCCGGGCUUGCUGGCCUCCUGCAGCGACGACGGCGAGAUCGCCUUCUGGAAGUACCAGCGCCCCGAAGUUUGCUGAGAGGUUCAACCCUCUGGCACGUCCCCCUGCCCGGCAGCGGGACCCUUCGGCGCUGCCGCCGGGGCGCAGCCCUGUGCCGGUGUGGAGAGCGGGGCAGGGAAGAUGGUGCCCAACCUCCUCGUUGGACUUUUGCAUGCCCAGGACCACGGGGGUCCCACCGGCCUCGCCGGGGAAGCACAGGGCACUGCUGCCAGGAUUCAGCCGGCUUUGGGAGACGGGGCAGGACUUGCUCCCUCGCCUCCCCCCACACUCAAUAAA